AUGAACCAGAAUGGUUUCCACUUGCGCCGAACUGCUGGGUUUGAGCCCCAUGUCGGUGGCACUGCUCUGGGUGGCCCAUCUGGCAAUGACGAUGAUGGCAGUUUUGAUCUUCCCUAUGGAGGAAAUGUUGCCGUGAACACCCAUGUUAAUGAAUUUGGCAAGGACGACCACUCUAUCAACAUCAAGGACAAGCAUGUCUACGAGGCCCCUAAAUACGCCGGUCCGCCCAUUGGACCGGGCGCUGGACCUUUCCCCCAUCAUGCUUUCGGCCCUGGUGCGGGCCCAUUCCCCAAGCGCUCCUGGGGUCAAGGUGGCACUGCCAUGGGUGGGCCAUCCGGCAACGAUGAGGGACAGUCCUUCAACAUGCCCAUCACGGGGAUCUUCAACACUGAGGUGAACGAGUCCAACGAGGACGAUCACUCCAUCGAUAUCAAGAAUAAGGAUGUCCACCCUCCGCCUAUUGUUGAGCACGUUGCUCCGCCUCAUCCUGCUGCUGAGUUUGGCCAUGGACCCCGCAUUGGUGGUCCUGCUGGACCUUCUAGCCACCCUCCUUUCCGUGGUGCUGACAACCAAGCUCCGCCCGAGCACUUCCAUAUCGCCGCCACGGAAUUCGACAAGCGAUUCGCCCCUGGCGGCACCGCCUUGGGUGGACCUGGAGGUGGUGAUGAGCCAGGCUUCCCUGGUCCCAUCUCCGGCGGCACCGCGCUUGGUGGCCCGUCGGGUGAUGAUGAUGGGCUCAACUUUGGCAAGCCUCACACUGCCCAUAUCCACACCAACGUGGAAGAGUACAGCAAGGAUGACCACUCUAUCGACAUCAAGCACAAGGACAUUGUCCCUCCUCCGGUCUUCUUUGGUCGCCCUGGAUUCGGUGCUCCCUUCAAGCGCGGUCUCCUUCCUCACGAGGGUGGCACGGCUUUGGGCGGUCCCUCUGGGGACGAUGGCGGCCAAGAAUUCAACAUGCCUAUCACUGUGGAGACCAACACUGAGGUCAGCGAGGCCUACAAAGAUGAUCACUCAAUUGAUCUGAAAAACGAGGAUAUAACCACUCCUCCUCCCUUCGAGCCAUUCGGCGGCCCUGGCCCAGUGCUGCCCCCUGGAGGUGGUCACCCAUGGCGUCGCGCUUACGCCCCCGACGCUUCUGCGCGUUUUGCCGGUGAACCUGGUGGCACCGCUCUUGGUGGACCUUCCGGUGACGACGAUGGGAUCAACUUCGAUGACGGCACUGAUGUCGGUGUUGACAGCAACGUCAACGAGCAUCAUUCCGACAACCACGCCAUCAAGAUAGACACAACCAACGUGCACCCUCCCUUUCACGUUCACGAAGCUCCCCAGUGGAACUGGUGGUCCUACGAGGACCAGCAGGCAGCUGCGCCUGCUCCGGUUGUCAAGCAGCCCACUGGCUAUCCUGUACCCCAGCCCGAGCACCCCGUUGACUCUGCACCCCAGCCCGAGCACCCCGCUCCCCCUGCUCCUCCAGCCAAGGUCGAGGUUCCUGCAGAAGAGCACCCUGCCCUUCCUCCUCGUGAGGAGCACCAAGAACAGUGCUCUGCUGAGGUCCGUGAGGUCGUUCACACUGUCACAAAGACUCAGUACAGAGAGGUCCAGGCCACCGAGACUAUCUACAAGCAGCCUUACGUCUCGGAGGCGGUUCAGACAGCUGCAGCUUCCACUGCUGUAGUUCCCAUGCACCGAGUGCACUCCUCCAUGGUACACGCCUCCGUGCCUGCUUCGAGCGUCUCUUACGUCUACGUCCGCCCUGAGGGAACCAGUGCCAUGUACUCUAUGAUUCCUGUUCACGUUCCCAUGGCCACUCCCUCUUCCGCCAGCUACAUGGGUGCCAUGAUGACCCCUGUCAGUGGGGCCCCCUACAUGUCUAUGGCCACUCCUGUUAGCCACGCCCCCAAUAUGCGCCCCAGCGGUGCUUCUCCAGAGCAGAGUAAUGCCCCCAAGGCCUCACCUUCCUCCAACACUUUGUUCACCGGAGCUGGUGCUCGUAUCUCUGGAGGCGUGGUUUCUGCUGCUGCCGCUGUUAUGGGCGUCCUCGCCUUUGUUCUGUAA